AUGUCGAGAGUAACCAUCUCACGACCGUUCUCCCGUACCGGAGUUGACUACUUUGGUCCAGUUUUCGUUCGACCACUUCCAAGGCGGCCAGCAGUAAAGGCUUACGUAGCCAUUUCCAUCUGUCUCUGUACAAAGGCGGUCCAUAUGGAACUGGUUACGGAUCUGUCUACUGAACGGUUCCUCCAGGCACUGCGACGAUUCGUGGGUAGACGAGGCCGAUGUUCAGAUAUUUUUUCCGACAACGGAACCAACUUUAUCGGUGCACGUAAUAAAUUGUCAGAAUUUUUGAAGGUCUUAAAGAGUCGAGACCACCGCGAUGCAGUAUCCAGAGAAUGUGCCAAGGAGGGCAUACAUUGGCAUUUCAAUCCACCGAGCGCCCCCCACUUUGGCGGUAUCUGGGAAGCGGAAGUCCGAUCUGCAAAACAUCAUCUAUUAAGAGUGGUAGGUGAAACACCCCUUUUACCGGAAGAUUUCAGCACGCUACUGGUGCAGGUAGAAGCUUGCCUCAAUUCCGGCCCCCUUACACCGCAAAGUGACGAUCCGAAUGAUUUGGAGCCAUUAACACCGGCACACUUUUUAAUCGGCUCGUCCCUGCAAGCCAUCCCCGAACCAAACGUAGAUCAAUUGCUAACCUCUCGGCUUAACCAUUGGCAAUCAAUACAGCGUCAUCUGCAGACUUUCUGGAAACGAUGGAGACAAGAAUAUUUGUGUCAGCUGCAAGGUCGAACAAAACGUUGGAAACCAGCCGUCCCCAUUGAAGUAGGAAAAUUGGUCGUCGUUAAGGACGAAAAUUUGCCCCCUAUGAAGUGGAAGAUGGGUCGAAUCUGCCAGCUGCAUCCCUCGGCAGACAACGUAGUGCGUGUUGUUACACUGAAGACAGCUACGGGAAAUUUGACACGCCCAGUGGAGAAAAUCUGCUUGCUUCCAGUUCCGGAUGAUGAGGAAGCUUAG